AGUGCCAUUCCCAUUUCUGUUUUUUUCCCAAAACCCAAUAAUUCCCUAGAUUUUUGUUAUGCUGCAGACCCACACCGGUCCACCACCCUUAUUUUUUCAUCAUAAAAUAUUUAUAGACAACUUUUGAGAUACAUAUAAAAAAAAACCAUUUUUCAUAAUUUUUCUCUAUUUAUUUUCUGUAAAUAUACCCCACAUAAGGUAGACACAGUUUGAACAAGGGGUAAAGUUGAGGCUGUGACACUGAAGCCACCCUCUAUAUAUCAAGAUCCAGUUUGUCCUUGAUUCUCAAUCUCACACAGCUCGCAACCCCAAAAUUUUCUCUCAACCAAUUUCAAUUCUAAACCAAACAUGGGAAGGGUUUCCCCUCUUUUCUUGCUUCUCUCUGUACUCUAUAUUGCAGGCAUAGCCAAGUUGACAAUUGCAAGUCCCAGCAAUUUCAUAAAGUCCUCUUGCAGCACCACUCAAUACCCAGCUUUGUGUGUUGAGUCUCUCUCAGUCUAUGCCACCACCAUCCAACAAGACCCUCACCAAUUAGUCCAAACAGCCUUGUCAGUGAGCCUCAACAGGACUGAGUCCACCAAGGCCUUUGUCACAAAGUGCAACAAAUUUAGGGGCCUAAAACCAAGAGAAUAUGCUGCCUUACAUGAUUGUGCUGAAGAAAUUAGUGAUAGUGUGGACAGGCUAAGCCGUUCACUCAAGGAGCUGAAACUGUGCAAUGUCAAAGGUGAGGAUUUCAAUUGGCACAUAAGCAAUGUUGAGACAUGGGUCAGUUCUGCCUUGACUGAUGAAAGCACUUGCAGUGAUGGGUUUGCUGGAAAUGCCCUUAAUGGGAAAAUCAAGGCUUCAAUUAGAGCUAAAAUGGUGAAUGUUGCUCAGGUCACUAGUAAUGCUCUUGCACUCAUUAAUCAAUAUGCUGCAAAACACUAGGGAGCUUGUCGUACAAGAGUCCCAACGGUUUUUGCUUUGUGCGUUUGAGGAAAUGAGGAACAUCACCUCUUUGUGGUUCCUUUUGUGUUUUAUGUGAUGUAUGAUAGUGAAAUCCAGAUAGAAAAUAUGCAGAUCUUUGUUAUGCUUUUCAAAUGUGAAAUAUGAAAGAGUUCCGUUUUAGUUUGCUAUUCUCGUUUCUCUUCUCAACUUCUAAUUCACGAUAGUAACAUUGCUA